UUUCGACCAAAGAUCUACUUUUUGAUCAACCAAAAACUCAUGACGUGCAAGCCCGAUCCUAAAUAAAACCAAGCGGCCCUCCCCUUAUGAGCCUUCAUCUAAAGAAGCAUCAUACAAAGCUUCCUGCUCAACUUCCUCUAGCAGGACUUGAAGCUCACCGAGGCUCUCUGCAGGAUUCCACAUGCGCAAACAAGAGGCUUUAAUAAACAACCUUGAUAGGAACAAGCGCUCCAUUGAUGCCGGUGCAAUUGACUGAAUCAUCUGGCUGACAUCUUCGAUCAUUUUGCCGGACACCCAAUCUACCCAGGAAUCCCCAGCUUGAGGAUAACUGCUUUAAGUAAUCACGACCAGGUCACAAUGAGGAGAAGAGAAGGAAUCCUCUGCAAGCAAGAAUCCACACCUUGCCUUGGGAGAGCGGAGAUGCCACGGCUCUUCCCAAAAAUGUCCAUGAGCGAAGUGGAUGAGAAGGUGCGUCUGCUGGCCGAAAAGGUCUACGCUUCAGCCUUGAAGGAGGAGGAUACCAAGGACGCCAUGGCCCUGUUUACCGUACCCGAGCACUGUCCCAUUGGCCUGCGGGAGCACCGUGAGCGCACCCUACAAAAAGAGUUGGCCGAGCAGCGGUCCAAGGAGACAGUCAAGAGGAAGAAGAACUUUAUGAUGAAGCGUUCCCAGUCGCUGUCCCUGCAGAUUCCCACCGGAGACUGCGGCUUGUUGGCACCCUCGCCCGUGAUGUCCCCAACCACACCCGAACCCGUUUUUUCAGAGAGCUUCCCCGACUUCCAGAGAGUGACAAUCAGUGGAGACUACUGCGCCGGGGUCACUGUCGAUGAUUAUGAGCAGGCAGCCAAGAGCCUCCUCAGAGCUCUGGUGAUCAGGGAAAAGUACUCCCGGUUGGCUUACCACCGGUUUCCCAGGAUCAUUGCCCGGUUCCUCCGAAACACAGAGGGGGAGAAGUGGCGAGAGGAGGACGAGGUCUUGCCAGACAUCUGGCCGUUCCCCCGCAAAGACGAGGACCCAUACUCUACGGAGAGCAUUCCCGAGAACUUGGACUACGAGUUGCAGAUGAAGGACGGCAUCGUUCAUGUUUACAACAGCGCAGAGGCCCUGAAACAGCAGCAGCCUCGCAGGCUCCCUUACCCGGACCUGGAGACCUUUGCCAUCGACCUGAGCCACGUGCUGGCCAUGAUUGCUGAUGGCCCCACGAAGACGUACUGCCACAAACGAUUGAACUUUUUGUCCUCCAAAUUUUACCUUCAUGAAAUGCUGAAUGAAAUGGCCGAGCUCAAGGAGCUGAAGAGCGUUUCGCACAGGGAUUUUUACAACGUCAGAAAGGUGGACACGCACAUACACGCUGCUGGCUGCAUGAACCAAAAGCACCUGCUGAAGUUCAUCAAGACCACAUACCAGACGGAGAAAAGCCGCGUGGUCCUGGAGAAGGGCGGCCAGAGGUACACGCUGGAGCAGGUCUUCAAAAGCCUCCACAUGGACCCCUACGACCUUACAGUGGAUUCACUGGACGUGCAUGCUGGAAGACAAACAUUCCAUCGCUUUGACAAAUUCAACUCCAAGUACAACCCAGUGGGAGCCAGUGAACUGCGAGAGAUUUACCUCAAGACCGACAACUACAUCGAGGGAGAGUACUUUGCACGUCUCAUCAAGGAAGUGGCAAAGGAGCUGGAGGAGAGCAAGUACCAACACGCCGAGCCUCGUCUGUCGAUUUACGGACGAUCCGCCAGCGAAUGGGUGCGCCUUGCCACCUGGUUUAUUCAGCACAGAGUCCAUUCGCCAAACCUGAGAUGGAUGAUCCAGGUCCCUCGGAUCUAUGACAUUUUCAGGUCAAAGAAGUUGAUACCAAACUUCGCCAAGAUGCUGGAGAACAUCUUCAUCCCCAUCUUUGAGGCCACAGUCAACCCGCAGAAGCACCCGGCGCUUCACGUUUUCUUAAAAUAUGUGACAGGAUUUGACAGUGUGGAUGAUGAGUCCAAACAUAGUGACCACUUGUUCUCCUAUCAAAGUCCGAAGCCUGAGUCAUGGACGGCAGACGAUAACCCGCCGUACACCUACUACCUGUUCUAUAUGUACGCCAACAUCAUGGUGCUGAGCAACCUGCGCAAGGAACGUGGGUUGAACACCUUCCAGUUCCGUCCUCACUGCGGCGAGGCCGGCUCCAUCACUCAUCUGGUGUCUGCUUUUCUAACGGCGGACAACAUCUCCCACGGCCUCAACCUGAAGAAGAGUCCGGUCUUGCAGUACCUCUACUACCUGGCCCAGGUCCCGAUUGCCAUGUCGCCACUGAGCAACAACAGCCUAUUCUUACAGUACUCCAAAAACCCACUCAGGGAGUUUUUCCAGAAGGGCCUGUCUGUGUCUCUGUCCACCGACGACCCCAUGCAGUUCCACUACACAAAGGAAGCGUUGAUGGAGGAGUACGCCAUCGCAGCACAGCUCUGGAAACUCAGCACUUGUGACUUGUGCGAGAUUGCCAGAAACAGCGUGCUGCAAAGCGGCCUGUCGCACCAGGAGAAGAAACACUUCCUGGGCUACAACUACCUACAGGACGGCCCCGAGGGCAACGACAUCGGACGCACAAACGUGGCGCAAAUCCGCGUGGCGUACCGCCACGAGACGUUGUGCAAUGAACUCAGCUUUUUGGUGGACGCCGUAAAGGCGGACGCGACCAUUCCAGCGGUGGAGUGACUUGAGUUUGAAAGUGUUUUACACAUUUUGCUGUAAUUCAUCUUUGAAUCGAUGCUGGUUUAGACAAAUGUAAUGACUUUUUACAUUAAAAAAAUGCACCUUCAACAACCCUUGUGAGGUUCACUGGAUCGGAAAAUGGAUGGAUGGAUAAAAUACUCACAUUACAGCAGUUCUAGGAAACCAAAGAAAAUCCCAACAUAUGAUCUCAUUUAUUUAAUAUAGGCCUAUAAUAUUACACAUCAGUCAUCUUAUGUUCUUAAAUGACUUAGAAACUGAAAAGAGCUGGUCAAACAACGUAGUACACCGAGAGAAUGAAUAUAUAUAUUUUUUGUAACACUGGGAAAAAUACUGCUACAAUCAAUCCACGUGAUUAUGUUAACACUUCUGUAUGGAUGUUUAGUGUUAUGAUUCCACCUAACGGCCAAAUAAAGCAUUGCUUU